AUGAGAGUUACUCAGCGUCAUGGUCGAUACAAAGGCGAAGAUCGCUUGUAUUGGACGUACAGAUGUGUCGGUUGUCAGUCCUACCGCUCACUAGUAUCGGCGCAGAAUCAGCCGCCAUCGUAUGGCAUGCCUAGGAUCCUUGCAGGCAGUAAUAAUAUUCGCGGAGUUCUCAAACAGGAACAGAAGCCAUUCUCUUUGAAAAGACCAGGUCAAGAAGAAGUUCCUUCAGCGGAGGCUCCAGCGGAAAAGUCGAAAGAGAGCGGCUUUGUCAUUUAUAUUCCGAGAGCGCUUUCGCCUGAGGAUGUGAAGAUUGUGCGCUUGGCAUUCUUCAAAAUUCUCACUGAUCAGUACGAUGAAGAACGCGAUUUACCAGCCCUCAAACAACUUCGCGCACAGCACUCAAAUCUGAGUUCGUGA